AAAAAACUGUCAUGGCGGCGCCCUCGUGUCAUGUGCUGUCUGAUUUGCCCGAAGUCGCUUUACUGUAGACAAACUGUUGUUAUUGAUAAUCUUCAGGUAGACAUUCAUUUAUUUAUUACCGAGGUAUAACUUUGGAAAAAUCUGAUAUAUUUUUAAAGCAGCGUGCUCGAGUAUUCAGUUGGGAAAUCUGUUGAGUUUGGAGCAAAAUGAAGCAAAAGAAGGCAAAAACUGGAGAAAAACGGCUCUCCUCAGUAAAACGGAGCUUCGAUAUGAAAGGCAAAUGGAAACCAGUGGAGCUGGACCCUCAUUUAUUUUCCCAGGAAGGCCUGCAGGACUUGGUUUGCUUUGAAGAGCUGACAUCUUACAGUCUGGUAGACAGCAGCAAGGCUGCAAAACAGCUGAAAAAGGAAAAGAAACGGGAAAAGAAGAGAGGAGCCGAGCAAACUGGAGAGGAAGCAGCCGAACCUGCUAAGAAGAAAAAGAAGAAACAUGAGAAGGUGGCUUCAGGUGAUCCAGAGACCAACGAGGACCUGAUGGAGGAAGGUGAAGCUGCUACUAAGCAGGAUGGAGAGGGUGAGAAAGAAUCAGCAGCCACCUCUGAACAAGCUCAGUCUAUUAACACAGAUAAGAGAGAAAAGAAGAAGAAAAAUAGGCAGAAAAAGAAAAAAUUAGACCAGGUUGCAAUCACAGAGGAACAGACCGACUUCAAACCUCCUGAAAAAGAAAAACCAAGUCAGAAUCAAAGAAAGCCCAAAAUGCAGACAAAGAACUGGACAGAAGCAGCACUUUCUGGUUCUGAGGAGAAAAAUUCGGAUGUGAGCGCUUGGAAGGACCUGUACGUCCCCUCUGAAGUGCUGAAGGCUUUAAGCAGGCUGGGUUUCACUUCACCCACUCCCAUUCAAGCCUUGGCUUUGCCUCCAGCCAUCAGAGAUCGCAUGGACAUCCUUGGGGCGGCUGAGACCGGAAGUGGUAAGACUCUAGCUUUUGGUAUUCCCAUGAUCCACACCAUCCUGGAAUGGAAGAGCAGCUCAAGGAAGACGACUGAUCCAGGCGACAAGGAGGAGCCCAAAACGGGAGAUCAGCAGGAUGACGUGGUGGAGGCUCCAGAGGAGGAGGAUGAGAGCGAAGUAUUUCAGGCUGAGACGGGCUCUGAUGAGGAGGAAGAGGAGGCUGAGGAUGACGAGCAGCUGGGGUGUGUCCGAGUGAUUGACGAUGCAGAGUUUGAUUUCAAGGAAAAGACCAAUGAUGGACAGAACCGGCCUCUCCUCGGACUGAUUCUCACUCCAACCAGGGAGCUGGCUGUUCAGGUCAAACACCACAUCGAUGCUGUCGCUAAAUUCACAGACAUCCAAACAGCCAUAGUGGUGGGUGGAAUGUCGCAGCAGAAACAACGGAGGAUGCUGAAGCGCAGGCCGGAGAUUCUCAUCGCUACUCCAGGACGUUUGUGGGAUUUGAUCAAGGAGCAGCAUCCUCAUCUGGUUAACCUCAGGCAGCUAAAGUGUCUGGUGAUUGACGAAGCCGACCGCAUGGUAGAGAGAGGUCACUUUGCUGAGCUGGAGAGCCUCCUGGAGAUGCUGAGCACCACACACUUCAAUCCCACCAGACAGACAUUCGUCUUCUCCGCCACUCUGACCAUGGUCCACGGUUUGCCCAGCCGCGUCCUGCAGAAGAAGAAGAAGCUGGACAACAGGAGCAAACUGGAAAUCCUCAUGGAGAAGGUGGGGAUUAAGUCCAAACCGAAAGUCAUUGACCUCACCAGGAAGGAGGCCACCGUGGAGACCCUCACCGAAACGCAGAUCCAUUGUCAGAAGGAGGAGAAGGACUUCUAUCUGUACUACUUCCUGCUUCAGUAUCCUGGUCGCACCAUGGUGUUCGCCAACAGCAUCGACUGCAUCAAACGGCUCACUGCUCUGCUGGGCAUCUUGGACUGCUGUGCUCUCCCUCUGCAUGCCAACAUGCACCAGAAGCAACGCCUCAAAAACUUGGAACGCUUUGCUGAAAGAGAGAACUGCGUUCUUCUCACCACUGAUGUGGCGGCGAGAGGCCUUGACAUCCCCGACGUUCAGCAUGUUAUCCACUAUCAGGUUCCUCGAACAUCAGAGACCUAUGUUCAUCGUAGCGGCCGCACGGCGAGAGCCGCCAAGGAGGGUCUCAGUCUAGUGCUCGUAGGCCCAGAUGAUGUGAUGAACUUCAAAAAGAUUUCCAAGACUCUUGGAAAGGAAGAGGAGCUAACCUUGUUCCCCGUGGAGAACAAAUGCAUGGAGGCCAUCAAGGAGCGAGUGAACAUUGCCAGGAAGAUAGAAAAGAUUGAGUUCUACAACAGCAGAGAGAAGCAGCAUGACUCCUGGUUCAAGAAGGCAGCAGAGGCCAUGGAGUUGGACCUGGAUGAUGAUCUCCUUAUGGGUGGAGCUAAAGAGCAAGAGGUAGACCGGGAGCAGCAGAGGAUGGUAAAGGGGUUGAAGAAGCAUUUAAAGCAUCUAAUUACACAGCCAAUAUUUAAGAAUUUGGUCAGAACAAAGUACCCGACUAAAAUGGGAAAACUCGCCCUGGCAAACAUGGUCGCCAUGGGGACGGAAAGCGCUCUGACCAGGAUUUCAGGACAGAAGAAUGGACAAAAGCUGAAGAUAGGCCUUCCUCAGCAGCAGAAAGGGAAAAGGCAGAGGAAAAGAAGGGGGAAGAAGCAGGUGUGAGGUGGUUUAACCAAACACUUCUGAAUCUCACAGAAUAGCUGCUUAUU